AUGGACUCAAGAGGAGAAGCAAUAAACCAGAAGAUAUAAAAGAAAUUUGAGACCUUUAUCAAGCAAUGUGAAAGAAGUUCAAAUAAUGUGGUUAAAGGUUUAGAAUAAAAACUAUCAGCUUAAAAAGAAGGCUCAGAGCGAGUAUCAGAAGCUAGUAUUGUCAAUAACGUACAGUCAUUUUUUUAGCAGCAAAAGCCUAUAUUAGAUAACUUUGAAACUCAGCAGUCUUUGUUUUUGAAUUAUUUUGAAAGUAUUGACAAGAUUCAAUUGACUUAUUAAGAAGUCAAUAUUGAUAUUCAAAUUUAAUCAGAGGAAAUACUAUGCAGUUUCAAUCAAACAUCAUUCGAGGAUGUCAAUCGAGUUGUAACUGAAUUGCCUAUAAACAUCUUUGCCUACUCCUAAAAAGGACAAACCAAAAUCAUUGAGCUCAAGUAAGUUAACGAUUCAAUCGUGAGAUGCACUGAAAAGUUAAUCGUCAAUAGAGAGGUCUAAUAUAUUACAGUUGAUUAGGAUAGAAUUUUAUGCGAUGAUAGCGUUUACUCUAUGAAUAGUUUGUGCGUUCUCGAUAUUAUCAAAUUCAGCGAUGAGAUAGUUGGGGGUAUUUAAAUCAGGCCAGGAAAAGUAAUAUUUGGGCAUAAUAAAUCAAGCAAAAUGAGUAUCUGGUAAUGGACCGGCACUAAGUAUCAAUUUUUAAAGAAGAAAUAGUUCUACCCUACCAAUGGAGCAAUUACACUCAUGAAAGCAUUUCCCUUGAGAGAAGACUGCAUUACAGUCAAAUGCGGUGAUCAUUAGAUCAAGUUAUUCCAAAUAAAUAUGAUCAAAUUCGGACUUACUCAGCAAACUAUAAUAUGCUCAGGGGUAAAGCACAUCUAUGACUAUAGAGUAAUAAGCGAAGAUAAAAUGCUUUUAUCAACUGCAGGAUUUGUGGUGUAUUAUGAUAUUAAAUAUCAGACAAAAGUCAAUGUAUUCUAAACUACAGAGACCUUGUCAUCUCUAAUGAUCAUGCCUCAGAGCAUCUCAAAUAGCACUGGAUUGGAAUAUUGCCUUGUGGAUAGCUAGAAGAAAAUACAGUAUUUCGACUUGUAAGAAUAAGGACUAAAGGGAAGUGUUGAAGGGAUGGAUGGUAUGAGACUUAUUGCCUAAAUGAGUAAUGAAGAUCCAAAUAGCAAGAAGAUUAUAGUUAUGUGCUAGAAUAAGUCAGGAUAAUUAUGUCUCAGACAGAUUUUAAAAGAGUGA